UCUCCAUCUGAUUGACUUACGAGUACUACGGCCCUGCAGCGAUCCGUUGGUACAGGAGAUUCCGCAAUAGCCACGCCCCUAGUGCAUCGGAUUCUUGAGAUCAACGCGAGGAGCUUUGAGAGCUGGGCUCCGCAGAUCGGCUGCAGACAAGGCAACCGGCCACGGUCUAGCUCCACUCUCAAGUCUCAACCGAUCCACUCCACUUGCAAAAACCGAUGAGGUCCACCACCGUCGGGCCAAGCUUCCAGAAAGACGCCGCCGACAAGCCUGAUGCCGCCGCCGGUGGCGUCCUCUGGCCGUCCCGGGCAUGCUACCUCGUCGCUCUCGCCACCGCUUUCUGGGCCGUGGCGUCCAUCCUGUUCCAGCCGUCGCCCUUCUCCCUUCCCCUGCUGCCCAGCGUCACCGUCAGCCAGCACCCACCCCACGAGCAGCCGCCGCCGCUGUUCGCCGGGCAAGCGCUGGCUCAGUCGAACCAGACCGUGGCGGCGGACCGCUGCGCGGGGCGGUACAUCUACGUGUACGACCUGCCGCCGCGCUUCAACGACGACAUCGUCCGCGGCUGCCGCACGCUCCGCCCGUGGAUGGACAUGUGCCCGUACAUGCCCAACUGCGGCAUGGGCCGGCCGCUGGGCGCCGGGGGCGGCGCCUUCCCGGGCCGCGGCUGGUUCGCCACCGACCAGUUCAUGCUCGAUGUCAUCGUCCGCUGCCGGAUGCGGCGCUACGCGUGCCUCACGGCCGACCCCGCCCGCGCCGCCGCCGUCUUCGUGCCGGCCUACGCCAGCCUGGACGGCGGGCGGCACCUCUGGAACGGCACCGCCACGCGGGACGCGCUCGCGGCGGACCUCGUCGCGUGGCUCGCGCGCCGCCCCGAGUGGCGCGCCGCGGACGGCAGCGACCACUUCCUGGCCGCCGGCCGGACCGCGUGGGACUUCCUGCGGAAGACCGACGACGACGGGGACUGGGGCACCAAGCUGCUCAACCUCCCGGCCGUCCGGAACAUGACGGCGCUCGUCCUGGAGGUCGACCCGUGGCACCGCUCCGCCACCAUCGCGGUGCCUUACCCGACCUACUUCCACCCGGCGGCGGCCGCCGACGUGCGCGACUGGCAGGCGAAGGCGCGCGCGGCGGAGCGCCGGUGGCUCUUCUCGUUCGCCGGCGCGGCCCGGCCCGGGAGCAACAGGACCGUCCGCGCCGAGAUCUUCCAGCAGUGCGGCGCGUCGAGCCGCUGCGGGAUGUUCCGGUGCGCCAAGGGGUCCGAGUGCGAGUCAUCGCCGGGCGCCGUGAUGCGCCUGUUCGAGAGCUCCGUCUUCUGCCUCCAGCCGCGCGGGGACACGGCGACGCGGCGGUCCACGUUCGACGCCGUCCUGGCCGGGUGCAUCCCGGUGUUCUUCCACCCGGACUCGGCGUACACGCAGUACACGGCGCACCUGCCGCCGGACCCCGCGAGCUGGUCGGUGCUCAUCAUGCAUACCGACGUGACGGACCGGAACGUGAGCAUCGAGGAGACGCUCGCCUGGAUCCCGCCGGAGACGGUGAGGGCGAUGCGCGAGGAGGUGAUCCGGCUCAUCCCGAGGUUGGUGUACGCGGACCCGAGGUCGACGCGCGUGGACUUCAAGGACGCGUUCGACAUCGCGGUGGAGGCGGUCCUCGACCGAGUGGCCAAGCGGCGGCGGGGCGAUGUCGUCGACGUCGAGGGACGCUGACGGACGGGUCUCCGGGCUGGGGGAUCUCAUCAGCUGUCUCGGCUCUGCCACCGUCACGUGGAACCCCCUCCUCGGACGACGUGCGCGCACGCAUCUAGGAGCAUUUGGAUGGACGCGUGUCUCUUCCUGCCAUGCGGCAUGGGCGCAUGGCUACGGCGUAGUGGCGCGCUCUGCGGAGCAGCCCUGGGCAUUCGUUUUUUUAGCGUGGUUGGGUUCUGUGUUUUAAGGGCUUCGGCGGA